AUAUUAUAUUAUAUUAUAUUAGUCUUGGUUACUGAGCAGGAUCCUAGUGUGAAAGAAUUCUCCCAAGAGAUGAUACGCGAGGUUGUUGAAAUUGUGGAAGUCCCAAAAGUAGUCAUAUCACUUAACGAUAUUAGUCUAAUUAGGUGGUUUUCUGUAUCCGUAACAUGUGAUGGCUUCCGGUCAUCGUUAAAAACAUACUUAGCUAAUUACUGCACUAAUUACAAGGAAAACAAAAACUUUAAUAUUAGAGUAAUAUCGGCUUCACGUUACUUUGUAUUGCAACAGCGAGGUUUUCCACCCGUUACACCUUUCAUGCCUUUUAUGGUCAAUUCCGUUUUACCGCUGAAUGAUCUCCUCAUGGAUUACAUAUCUUGGCUUAUCAGUAUAUCCUUUCUUCUCGUACAUCUGACUGGGGCUUCGAAUCCUGCUGGGGCAAGUCCGGGGGCGGUGGCUCUUAAAUAUGACUGGAAGGCACCUGCGUGGGACGCCGUCAAUAGCCAUCGUUCUAUGCAGUUUACGUUCCCAAGGGCGCCUCACUUCCGAGUCGCCGCGGAGGAGUGGCCGCCCCACGUCUACAUCCGAACCGACAUCGCGGAGGGCUCUAAGGGCAGGUCCCCUCGGGUCGUGGGCAAAACCGUCGUCACAGGUCCGAUGGGGCAGCUCAUGGACGAACUUGCUCGCUCCAUGAACUUCACGUACAGUGUGGUCCAGGGCGACGGGUACUGGGGAGCCCCUCAGGGAAACGGGUCCUGGAACGGCAUGAUUGGGAUGGUUCUCAGAGGGGAGGCUGACAUAGGCCUAGGCCCCUUUGGGAUGGCCUACACCAGGAGCCAAGUGGUCGACUUCACCAUCCCCGUGUUCAUCGAGAUGCUGCACGUGAUUGUAGAGCGCCCCUUGCCCAGGCCAAACCCUUGGGGCUUUGUGGCACCCUUUACGUGGUUCAUCUGGGUGGGUUUGCUCGCUUCGAUGAUAGGAGUAAUGAUCGUCAGCUUCGCCAUCACGAAUGUCCUGGGUUCCGGUGGCCCACGCGACCUGUGGAAGCAUUUCUGGGCAACUUACAGCGUUGCAUUUUCACAAAUGUUCCCAUGGAAGCCUAGUGGCGCCGCCCUACAGAUGACCUGUUUGAUUUGGGCAGUCGUCAUUUUCAUCGUUUCUCGGAGCUACAGCGGUGCGCUGACGUCACUGCUGGCCGUCAAGAAUGUUCCGGUGAAAUACGAUUCUCUGAGAGAUGUCCUUAAUGACAAGAAGCUAAAUAUCCUGAUGGAAGGAUCUACGGCGCUCACCGCUCACUUGCAGACUGUGCAGAGCGGCAUUUACUACGAUCUAGCCAAAGCUACUCACAGAGCUAAAUACGUGAGAGCGAGCGAGACUUACGGAGCUGCCUACUCCCUCAUCCCUCACGGUCACUACGCCAUGUUGGUGGAAAACGUCGUCUGCCGCAAGAUCUACUCCGAUCACUUCAGUCUGACAGGUCGCUGUGACUUUUACAUGUCAACGGGGAACUUCUGGCAACUUAUUUAUGCAAUGAUCGUCAGCAAAGGCAGCCCCCUGCGAGAGUUGAUAAACGUAAGAAUUCAAUCCAUCACGGAAUCUGGGAUCUACGAGAAGUGGGCUGCUGACCAGAUGCCGAACAUGACCCACUGUCUCAAGAUGCCCACCAAGGUCAAAGCACACGAGCCAUAUGGUCUCUUGGACCUGUGGGCCUUGUUCAUGGUUGUUGGAGUAGGCCUCGUUUGUGCUACGCUUGUCUUCAUUGGCGAGCUUCUGUCAUCUUUUGGUAAAGAGUUCUAGUCACGGUUCUCUUACAACUUAGUAAAAGUUUCUUCAUGUUUACUUGAGUUGCUUUCCAUGUUAGAAAAUUUACUGAUAAGGAUUUUAAGAAUGUGUUGCUUCUCAUGUUUUAUUUUUUUUAUUUGCAAAACCACUUAUCUUCAAAAUAAAUAUCUCAUGCAAAUGAGUUUCAUUUUCAAACCAACUUACGUAAGUUUUCAGUGGGUUUUAGGAAUUUACAAUAGUCCCAGGUACCAUGUCAUGGAAAUAAGUUAUUUUACUUGUGAAAG